UUUGAUGCAAAUCUCAGACUCGAGUUCCUGUUGCAGAAAAACUUGCCAGACUUCGCAGGCGUGAGGCCGGUUGGGCAAAUCUGAAAUGGCACUCUCAAACAUCCAGCCAAUCAGGCCUUGGCCAGCUGUAUACAAAUUACGGCAUGGAUUCCUCGCGUGCGGCCAGGGCAGGUACUUCGCUAAUUGUUUAUGGCUUCAGCCUCUCCCGAGAGUCUCAGACCGACCUUCGGUUCAUGGGGUCGUGAGCCACCAUCUGCAUUCGAUUCCACCAGUCCUGGCCGUUCUGAAGAAUUCACAGAUGGUGAUACCGAAAUAGAUCCACCUCAACUGCCUAUUCUGAUUCAUCUCGGUUUUGAAUUUCGAGUGUUCGAUAUCGACCCAGAGCAGAAUUUGGCUGUGUACAUUUGUAGGGGCCCUGAAUGUGGUAUUAUCAGACUAAGACAAAUGUUCGAUAAUGCCCCGCACCCGAUGGCCCGGUUCGAGGCCCUUAACACUCCCUUCCAACCUAAUGACGGUUCAUAUCAAGUCAGCAUAUUCGGUGACUUUAUCGGCGUCAUGGAGUGCUCCUUCACUCCGGAUGGGGGCUUUUGGAUUUGGAACUGGAAGACAGGGAUAUGCCAGUGUGAACUGUUAAAUGUCGGGAUGAAGUCUUUUCUUUUCUUAUCACCACAGCAUUUCAUCUUUUCCAGAUGCGAAAGGUCCACCACCUCGCUGGAAGUUUAUGCAUUUAGACCCUGUUUCUACGAAGGACUCCCUACCAAACCUUGCCUUCCAUCUCAGCAUGUGGCGACUUUUCAAUUGCCUCAGUUGUUCUGGGGAGCUGAUGGUGCUUCGUUGCACUGCGAGCCUAAUCCUAUCUUCGAAGCUCCAGAAUACGAAAUCUUAUCCACGGAAGAAACACAGACAGAUAGUUCCGUUCCAAAUGCAUCCUUCCCACCUAUUUCACCAGGUCCAGCCACUCAUUCCUCCAAUCCACCGAAACAAGCCUGGCCCACCAAUGGACCAUUUGUCCGUCCUAGACAGGAUGAUUUCAGAGUGGCCAUUGUCACGCUUAGAGCAGGGCUCAGUACUCACCACAUGGUUACAAGAUAUUCAUUGCUCUUUCCGAUAUCUAUCGCAUGACCAAACGUUUCGAGCAUGAUGCUCGGACAAGUAAGGAGGCCGCCGAUAAUUCUUGUGCCGCCGCUGUCCCCACGCUUCCUGUCCAUGUCUCAUGGAAUGACUGGGGGUGCCGUUCUGC